AUGGAUACUUAUAACGGCAUAAAUGCUACUUCAGAAUUUGACAUGACAUUUUUGGACACUAUUGAACAUUACAUGGUUCACGAUGGUUUGAACGACAACAACAAUGUGUUUGUCUCGAAUGAGGAUUGGUUCUCGGAGAAAGGUGAUAAAGCAGAAGAGGUAGUUCCGAGAGGGACGAGGUACAAAGGAGUGCGGCGUAGGGCACAUGGAAAGUUUGCUGCAGAGAUAAAAGAUCCAAACAAAAGUAAUAGGGUUUGGCUUGGGACUUAUGACACUGAAGAAGAAGCUGCUUUGGCUUAUGACAAUGCAGCUUUCAAGAUUAGAGGCUCCAAAGCCAAGCUGAACUUUCCUCACCUCAUUCCACCGUUGGAUGAACCAACCACCACCAUCGAUCAAUCUCCUUCUUCUUCAUCAUCCACGUCUCAGGAUCCUUCCAAGAAAAGGAAGGGUCUGGCUGGUUUGCUCAAUAAAUUAGCACAUGAAAAAAACAGAAUUUGA